ACGGGAACUCCUAGAAAUCUAUAUUGACCCAAGGUCAAGAAUUAGCUUUGUCCAAGUAAAGUUUAUUUGCAGUAGAACAAAUUGGUUUUCAAAAAUGCGUUUUCUUUUGCAAAUCAGAUCAUCCUGCUGUCAUGUCUGUUGUUUUCUGAAGGCCUCUGCUCCUGGCUUACAGAAUCAAUGGCACUUUCCUCCUUGGAGACCUCAGCAUUCAGCUCGUUGGGGGCGCUUUACUUCUUCUGUUAAGAGAGAAGUGCUGGCAGGAAGUCAACGUCCAGGAUCAGAUGCGAGGGGUGUAGAGGAAGGGUGGCGGUUCUUGAAGCCCUGGGUGCGUUUAGAAGCCUCCCGGCGCUCCACCACCUGUCUGGAGUCAGCCCCCUUCUCGGGCGUCUCUCGGAGUUUCCUCCCCAUAGGCUUGUUCCUGGGAGUGUGGGCGGCCCCAUUCCUGAGCGCUGAAACUCUCUCCCCCCACUCUCCACCCCCCGCCCUGCACACCAGCCUUUCUAUUUGCCUCAGUCACUUCCUUCCUCAGCCUCUUCCUCCCCAGUUCGCACCUGCGCGCCUCCAGUUUUUCCUUAGAAAAGAAAAGGAGGUGAAGAGGUGAGUGAUUGCCUGGGGAAGAUGUGGCCAGGUAGAAAGGAUGGGCGGGGGUAGCUGGUGGAAGCCAAGCAGCCGACGGGAGCUGCGGUGGAGAGCCGAGUCAGCGAGGGGGCUAAGGCGCCUGGAGGUUGUAACUGGCUUUGGGCGGAGCGGGUGCGGGGACCGGGUGGGCGCGCCGCCGCGCCCCCCACCUCUCCAGCCGACUUCCGCACUCGGCUCACGUGACUUUUUGCCGGCUGGGGGCGGACCGGGCUGCGGGCAGUGCUGUGAAGAUUUCUACCAAGCAUCGUGUCUGCUUCGCACUUGGGGUGCCAGUUCCACCGAGCGGGGCGGGGACCGCCUGGGGGUAAGACAGGCUACCCCCGGGAAUUUCGUGGCUUCAGGGCAACGGACUCUGCGGCGCUUGCGGCGGGCGCAGAUCUCUGUGCUCCCGGUUAUAUGUGCGGGGUAGGUGUAGUGAGGGGACACUGGUCACUCAGAGCCCCGGUUGGGGUUCAUUUUCGUCGCCCGGUUGGGCGCUCUCUCUCCCGGCGCGCCAGGGCGCACCGACCACAGAGGAGUGGGAGCCGGCACUGGCGCGGGACUCGCGGAGACAAAGGCUUCCGGGAUGCGGCCCUUCCCGAGGAGGCCACCCCGGAGCCCGCCGUGCGUCCCAGAGCAGAGACCCGAGCCCUGAGCUCCCGAGCUCUGCUCUGGAAGCUGUGGUGACCAUGUGAUGGCCUGCUGGUGACAGGGUCUUGGGACCCUUCCGGACAAGCUCCCGAACUUGCCUCAGGGAUGACCAAAUAUGGAGUGUGUGCGCGCCAGCUAGGAGGCAGGAAGGAACCUAGUCAUCCUUUGACCCGCACCAGCUGCUAGCCAGGGGUGGCAACGGAGGGCUGGGAAACGGUGGCCAGCCCUCUUAUGGAGAGGUGGCUCCUGAUUUCCAGAUGAUCCCUCUCCGGUAGACUUAUUCCCUGAAUUAGAAUAUUAUUCCCUAAUUCGCUAACAUUAGAAAAUCUCCAGGUAUUGCUUCUAAACUUAAAACAAAAAACAACAGCAACAACAACAAAACCUCAACCAAACACACAAAACCUAUAGGAGGGUGCUUAAAUAUAUUUUUAAGUGCACGUUGAUGAGGGAGCAUUUCAGCAUAUGGCCCAGUCCUCCCACAUUCUGCUUUCUUUGUGAUUCCCACGCACAAUGCCUAAUUGGAUUCUGUCACAAUUAGAGGGCCCACUAGCAUCUGUCAUCCCUUUCCCUUGAGUCUCCCAUUGAGCGGCCCUUUCUUUCACUUAGACUUGCUCUGCCUGUGGCUUCUCAUUGUUCUUGCUCCUUAACCCCAGUCCCAGGCUUCUGUCCUUAUAAAAUAUCAUAGGCCUUCCAAGGAUUGUGCAACAGAGUAUUUUAUGCUUCUUUGUCCUCAUUAAAUAUUCAAAUAAAGAAACAAACCAUGCCAAAUUAUGUAUGCUAGCAAUACUUUCUAAGCCUGUUAUUUUCCUACUUGGAAGGGCCAAUGCAGGGAGCCUUUCUUGCUUUGUAAGUAUUCUGCCUUAAUAAGUACCCAGCAUGUAAUAUUUCACAUAAAUACGACUUACUGUUCAUUUAGUGCAGUUUACAUAAUUACCAGCAAAAAAAAAAAAAAAAAAAA